AUGAAGGUGGAAGGUGAAAGCUGGAUGUUAGGACAACGAGGAGAAUAUGAUGGCCAAUAUGGGAAGGUUUUGCAUUCAACAGCUGAACAACAUUUGCCUUUUCACCGACCCAAACACUUUCCUGCACGUGUUCCGAAUUGGGCUGUUGAACGACAGAAUCAAAUGGGGAGAGGGGCACGCUCGUUGGACCGCUCGUUGUUUUUGCCUUCCUGGGCAAAGAUUCCUCAACCACAGCCUCCAUUUUGGGUAAAAAGGGAUGGAAGUAAAGUAGCUGGGAAUUGGCAAGUACCUAAACAACAGCAACAGAGUGAACUACAAGUAGAACGACAACAAGAACAACAAUUUGUUCAACAACAAAAAAGUCCUUCUCAACAACAAAAACAACAACAACAAUACGUUGCUAAUCAACAAAUAAUUAAUUCUCCCCAACAAAAAGAAGAAGAAAAUCGUCUCCCUCAGCCUUCUCCUACCCAACAACAACAACAACCUUCACCUCAACAAAAACAAAAAACUCAACAAAUCCAAAAAUUGCCCUCCCCAACAGAUCAAAAGCAACCACAAAAAGAGGAAACUGACAAAAAUUUACAAAAAUCAAAACAACAAAUAUUUACACAAUCACAACAAAGUCGCCCUAAUUAUCAACAACAAACAAAUGUUACUACAACUACAUACACUCAAAAUCAACAAAUACAGCCGCCUGUCAAUACCCAGCAUACCCAACCAGAACAGAAACCCCUCCAUCAGGGUUUUACUUCUGCUCCAACUGCUCAAAAUCAACAACAAUUCACCCAAUUAAUCAUAACACCCUCAAAGACACACCAAACAACAUUUAAACCAGCCAAGCAACCUUUAACUUCUAGUCAGGAACAACAACAGCAAUUAAAACAGCAGCAACAAUAUUCCGAUUUUUACGAGGGGGGAGGGCAAACACAAAAAUCAGGUCCACAGCAAGAACAGUUUAAACAAUUUACCAGUCCUGGAGGGCAAUUUUAUGGGCAACAGAAGGCUGGGAAUGAAUGGAAGGCUCCGCAACAACAAUAUAUAGUUAAUCAAACAAAUCAACCGAGCGGUCAAUAUUAUGGACGGAUGCCUCAACAACAGCAACAACAAUACCAGUAUAGAAUGCAGCAACAACACCCACAACUUCACAAAGGUGGAGGAUAUACAAAAACCCCUCAGAAUUACCCUCAAGGGGGGAUAGUGGAAGAAGAAGAAAAAAGUGGGCUCGAAAAUUUGGCAAAAAUGAAAUUGGGAAAAUUCCCAAUGAGAGAAUCUUUGGAAGCUCAACAAAGUUUGGAGAGUAAUAAUGAGCCAGUUGAUUCUUCAAAUAUUAAAAGACAACAAUUUGUAAGAUCUGGACAGCCUGGGCAAGUGAUAAGGGAGGAAUGGCGAUUUAGUUCUGGACAGCCACAAAAGGGGUAA